AGGGGAGGAACCGCUGCCUGGAACUUUGAUCAGCGCUGGGGCUGGAUUGAGCUGACCACAGGCCACACCAGACUCCUCUCUGCUCCUCAGGAAGACAGGGCAGCCCGGCGCCACCCGCUCGGCCUCACGAAGCUAACACGGCUGAUAGACAAGCUCCCCUGGGCCUUUGCAACAUCACUUUCAGGAAGGAAAGAGUCAAAAGAUGCUCCCUGGAGCCUGGCUGCUCUGGGCCUCCCUCCUGCUCCUGGCCAGGCCUGCCCAGCCCUGCCCCGUGGGUUGCGACUGCUUCGUCCGGGAGGUGUUCUGCUCAGACGAGGAGCUGGCCGCCAUCCCGCCGGACAUCCCGCCACACACCACAAACAUCGUCUUUGUGGAGACCUCGUUCACUACGGUGGAAACCAGAGCCUUUGGCAGCAACCCCAACUUGACCAAGGUGGUCUUCCUCAACACUCAGCUCUGCCAGUUUAGGCCGGAUGCCUUCGGGGGGCUGCCCAGGCUGGAGGACCUGGAGAUCACAGGCAGCAGCUUCUUGAACCUCAGCGCCAACACCUUCUCCAACCUGACCUCGCUGGGCAAGCUCACCCUCAACUUCAACAUGCUGGAGGCUCUGCUCGAGGGCCUCUUCCAGGACAUGGCUGCCCUGGAGUCCCUCCACCUGCAGGGGAACCGGCUCCAGGCCCUGCCCAGGAGGCUCUUCCAGCCUCUGACCCAUCUGAAGACACUCAACCUGGCCCAGAACCUCCUGGCCCAGCUCCCAGAGGAGCUGUUCCACCCACUCACCAGCCUGCAGACCCUGAAGCUGAGCAACAACGCGCUCUCUAGCCUCCCCCAGGGCGUGUUCGCCAGACUGGGCAGCCUGCAGGAGCUCUUCCUGGACAGCAACAAGAUCUCGGAGCUGCCCCCUCGGGUGUUCUCCCAACUCUUCCGCCUGGAGAGGCUGUGGCUGCAGCACAAUGCCAUCACGCACCUGCCACUCUCCAUCUUCGCCUCCCUGGGGAAUCUGACCUUUCUGAGCUUGCAGGGGAACAUGCUUCGGGUCCUGCCUGCCGGCCUCUUUGCCCACACCCCACACCUGGUCGGCCUGUCUCUGACCCAUAACCAGCUGGAGACGCUCGCUGAGGGCGCCUUUGCCCACCUGUCCAACCUGCGUUCCCUCAUGCUCUCAUACAAUGCCAUUGCCCACCUCCCAGCUGGCAUCUUCAGAGACCUGGAGGAGCUGGUCAAGCUCUACCUGAGCGGCAACAACCUGACAGCCCUGCACCCAGCCCUCUUCCAGAACCUGUCCAAGCUGGAGCUGCUCAGCCUCUCCAAGAACCAGCUGACUACACUUCCGGAGGGCAUCUUCGACACCAACUACAACCUGUUCAACCUGGCCCUGCACGGCAACCCCUGGCAGUGUGACUGCCACCUGGCCUACCUCUUCAACUGGCUGCAGCAGUACACCGACCGGCUCCUGAACAUCCAGACCUACUGCGCCGGCCCUGCCUACCUCAAAGGCCAGGUGGUGCCCGCCUUGAAUGAGAAGCAGCUGGUGUGUCCCGUCACCCGGGACCGCCUGGGCUUCCAGGUCAUGUGGCUGGACGACAACAAGGCAGGGGGCAGCUGGGAUCUGGCUGUGUCGGAAAGGGCAGCCCGGAGCCAGUGCACCUACAGCAACCCCGAGGGCACCGUGGUGCUCGCCUGUGACCAGGCCCGGUGUCGCUGGCUGAACGUCCAGCUAUCUCCUCGGCAGGGCUCCCUGGGACUGCUGUACAAUGCUAGUCAGGAGUGGGACCUGAGGUCGAGCUGCGGUUCUCUGCGGCUCACUGUGUCUAUCGAGGCUCGGGCAGCCGGGCCCUAGUAGCAGGGCAUACAGGAGCUGGGGAAGGCGGCCUCUGGGGCCUGACCAGGCAACAGGUGGGGGCAGAGAGGAGCUGAGUCUCCGAAGCCUUGGCUUUUCACAUGCAAGGGACAGGGUUGCACCCCCAAGAUGAGGGAGUGGAGUCUGGUCUGCUCCACUAAUCAGGGUCUCCUCCUCCCCCUCUUCCUUCAUUGCUUCUCCUGGAGUGUGCGGCCUAACAAGGCCAUCCUUAUGCUUUGCAAAGCACCCUCGAAGGCUGCACCACGGCCUGGAGGAUAAAAUAUCCUCAGCCCUGUUGCUUCCCCAUUCUGUAACACCCACCCGCUCUCGCCCACACCUUGAGGUCUACUCACUGCAUCCCAGAGAUACAAAGUGGAGGCCACUGCCUUCUGAUCUGGCUCACAAGCCCAAUGUCUGUUUCAGUGUCUCUCCCUGAAAUUGUGUUUUAAAUUGGUAUAGAGAAAUAAAGGAUGUGACAGACGCA